CAUAACGUGGUGGAGUAAUGUUUACGUUUUGAAGCCUUUAGUCUUCUCGCAGCAGAGAAUGUUUAAAACGCCAUUUUUAAAGCUUUUACCGUUCGUAUUUCCAGAAAUAUGGAGAAAGAAAACAGUUUCAUAUUUCUUAAAGAAAUAUUUGGGCCACUUUCUGUCUGAAAGCGUGACUCUGGACCAGCUGACUCUCGAUCUCAACAAUGGCAAAGGAAGCAUAACAGAUCUAAAUUUAGACGUAGAGGCAAUCAAUGCACUCCUUGAAGAUGUGCCUUUGGAAGUCAUGGAUGGCUAUAUCCAUUCCAUUGAGGUUAUGGUGCCUUGGGCAUCAAUACUUAAGGACUGCACCAUGGUGGAGAUCCAUGGUUUGGAGCUGACAGUAAAGCCUAAAAGGGUGCAGAGUACAGCUGCAUUCCUGGAAACCAUGUCCAUGCUAAGUAGCAUGAGCAUGAGUUCAAGUCUACAGCUGGCCCGAGAGUGCCUGCAGGCUGAACAAGCACCCAAGGCAGAGACACCAGCUGAACAGCUGAGUCCAUUUGAAGGCAUUCAAAUGUUUGCACAGACCAUAGAAUCAAUAUUAGCUCAUGUAAGAGUCACCCUUCUGGACACAGUUAUACGCUUUGGAGCAUUUAGACCCUGACACCAACUUGGGCGUAGGGCUCGAGAUGAAAAUAGACAGGCUGGAGUAUUUUGAUGACCAAGCCAUCAAUGAAAACCAACCAACUUCAGCAGCAUCACAGGCAGGGACUACUGAAUAUGAAAAGAAGCAGGAAGCCUUAAACUUACCUGCAAUACUGACCAAGAAUUUCCAUGCUAUGGGUAUUUCAUUCACACUUGACAACUUCCGUCCAUGUGGUACAGCAGGAUCUGCAGCUGUCCCUGAUUCUCUUGGAAAUUCUCCCAGUAUGUAUGUGUCUACCUUAAGCUCUGUACAUCCAACCAUUAGUCACAUAGGUCCAUAUGAAGAUUCUGUGAUCCACCCAAUCCCAAUUGCCACUGUUGUGGGAAAAUCAAUGGUCAAACUUAAGAUCAAGCAGAAGGAGUCACUCAGUGGACCAAAGCUUGGCUUAGAUUGCCAGCUUGGAGCACUGCAUGUUUUGUUAUCUCCACAACAACUACAUGGACUGCUGCAGCUGGUCAAAGGAUGCUUAGAACCUUCUGAAGAUGCUGGUUAUGGAGGGCGAAAAUAUGGUUUAGGGAAAAAGCCAAUGGAUGCAGCUGAUUUUGAACGUGUGCAGCAAGAGCUGAAGCGUCAGUUACAUGAAGAACGUCUACGGCGACAGGGUGUUUUGCCACUCUUAUCAUUAGAUGAUCACCUGAUCAAUGUGGCUGAGGAGCAUGGAGAUGAUGAAGAGGUAUUCUACUCUAUGAAUGCGACACGCCCUGUUCAGGCAGGAUUGAUGGAUUGCUCUAUGACUAGCAUCAACACUGUAGACACUGCAAGCUCUCAAGCAACUUCUUCUUUCCCGCAUAGUGACAUGGUAAACCUUUCCAGAAAAUCAUCUUCGUCAACACCAAAGAAGCACAGAGACCAUUCUGCAAGAGUUCUUAGUGACCCUUCGGCAGAGAUCAGCCAUUACAGUGUGAAGGUCAGCAUGAUUUCAGUGUGUUUGCUUCAUGAGGAUCCCAAACCUGACUACCGCAUGGGAGCAGAGGAAUCUUCAGCUGAGAGGAUGAAAGCAGUAGCAAAUGAGUAUUUGCGCCAAGUGCGAGCUAUAAAUUUCGUAGGGCACACUUUGUCACUAAAAGACAUCAGAAAUAAGGUGUCAGAAGCAUUGCCUCUGGACCAUCUUUGUUUGUUGGGAAAACCUUUGUCACUUGAGUGCAUAGAAAGAACCCUCCACACAAGCCAUAGCUACUCCUUGGAGUUCACACUGCACUCUGCAGAGCUUGUGGAAUGUCUUUUUGACAGACGGGAUGGAGAGCUGGGCUCUAUGACCUUUACAGCUGACAGUGACAUCAAGCUACCUCAGUACAGUGAGCUUUUAACAUUCCCAAGUCAAGAUGCAGGAGAAAGGACACCACAAGGUUCAUUCUGUUCCAUCACACCAGCUGCCAAAGCCAGUUUUGUUUUUACCAGCAAGACUGGCCCAUAUGGGUGCAUAUCCAGCGAAACCAGAUUGUCACUGGAGCUGGGACCACUGGUGGCAGAGCUGGACAUCACCAUCAUUGACCGCCUGACUGGACUGCUGUAUCCUUCAACUCCACACUAUGCGGCAUCUCAGAGUUCAGUCUUUGCACAGACUGGCACCAAUGGUGCAGGACUACAGUUUUUUGAUCAGGCAAUGGAUGAUGUGUCCUCAUCAAAGGACACAGUGCUGGAGAUCACAGUAUUUAGUCCUAAAGCUUGUCUUCAUGUACGAUUUCCAGUGCCAGAUUUGCGAUCCACUACUCAUGUCGCUACACGGCAGUGGUGGAGGCGCAACCUGCAUAAAGAGAUCCUCUUACUAGAGGUGCAGAACUUGCGGAUGCACACAGGACUGUCUGAUACCAGUCAAACAGUGUAUGAUCUCACAUGCAGUGUAGCAGAAGCAUAUUUACAAGAGGACUUCAACAAAAUGCCAGUCUGCUUUGGCCGUGUGACUGGUGAUGACUCUUGUGAUGCCCAAGAAGCUGAGGAAGGCUUCAACUGGCCCAGGGUGGUCAUCAAGGUGUUUCAGCCCACAACGUCAGCCUUAGAUGUGGCUGAGGAGUUUGAUGAUUCCAAUGAUAGCUUUAAUGGCAUGUGUCAGUUCUCCACCUCAGAACCUUCCCCAUUUUCACAGCAGAAAUCGAUGUACAACCGGGAAGAUUUGACACGUGACUCUGAAGACGACACAAGGCCACCUGAUACUCAUGAGAUUGUGAUGCCAGGCAACAAGAAAGAAACUCAGGUAUUCCAGGAAGCAGCCUCAGCCAGUACACAGCUUCUAGUGGAAGUGACUUUACCUGUGGUUGUGGGUAUGCUUCACAGUAAACAGUUUUAUGAACUUCUGUACAACAGGAUGAACAAUGACCUUCUGAUGUGGGAACCAGCUGUGCCUAUUCCCCAUUUUGCCACAGACAGCACCACCUCCAGCCUUGGAGUCAACUUAUCUGUGCAGCAUCUGCUGAACUUCAACAACCCUGAGAAUUCAGACCUACAGGACCAACCACGUUCAGCACAGUUUGAGUCUGACUCAGAGUCUGAUGAGAGUGCUCCACACUACAGCAUCCAUGACAACAAGAGCAAAAAUCAGCCUGUUCGCCGGCAGCUGCAGAGCAAGAUUUGCCUAUCCCUCAGCAUUGGAGAAGGCAAACUGCUGGCAUGUGUACCUCAUAAGGAUGAGGGUUGCCAUGGAGAACUAUUUGUAGUGCUAAAGGAUGCCAUGCUGUACACAGUCACAGCCUAUAGUGGUGACCCUGAUCUCCGCUACUUGUGUUUCCAGUCCAACCGUGCUCAACUAUACCACUGUGAUCGUGUGGAUCAGCCUGUGAUUCCUGGAAAAUUGGAUUACAUCAGUGGUACUUUACCUACCCACUUAAUGCAGCGCAUCUACCGAUCUGAGAGGGGCAUACCCUCAGGGUCAGCUGGUCCAGUGGGAACUGGUCCUGACACUAGUCAGGAUAUGGUGUCCGUGGCUGUCAGAACCAAGUUGGACACAAUCAAUAAUGUGAAGCACUUCCUUGUUUCUGUGGCUGUGCGAGGCAGCACCUUACGCCAUGAGUUUUCAAUGCCUUCACAAAGCUGGAUCUCUCAAGCGAUUGAUUUCAUUGAUGUGCAUGACUUCCCCAUCCAAGGUUAUACUAUGCCCACUGUGCUUACAGAACUUCAUGUUCACCUCUUGGCUUGUGCUGUCGACUACAGACCUCUUUUUCUGCCACUACGUGCAGUGGUAACUGCUGAGAAUGUCAGCUUGUCAAGCAAUUUGAGUACUGAUGCUUCUACAUCUAUACGAUUUAUGCUGGAGAGUGCUUCACUCUUUUUGUCUGACAAGACUUUCAUGGAAGCGAACCUUAAGAAAGACUAUGUUUGUGUUGCCGAUCUAAACCUAUUUGAACUUGCCUUGCGCUUUGGGGAUGGCAAAAAUCCUAAAUGGCCAAAGACUGAUCUCCGCCUUAUAGCCAAAAAGCUGGAACUGCAGACAUGCUCUGAUUCCUGCAAGGCACUCAUUGAACUGGUCAGCUAUAUCCUGAAGGAGGGAGAUCUUUAUCCUGAUAAAGAUGGGCAAGAUGCUGUAGAGGAGACACUUCCAGAGCCCUCACAGAUAGCAGAGUCAUUAUCGGAGUCGAAGCUGGAGCAUGUGCACUUCAUGAUGGAGGAAGCUAUCAGUGAUUUAAAUGAACUAGCAACAGAAUCAGGGUCACCAGAGAAGACAGGACCAGGCACAGAAGUAUUCUUCAUGACAGAGGACCAUUUCAACAGAUUACCCCAGGCAGCACCACCAGCUGGUCUGCGUCACAUAGUUUUCUCCCCUAGUGCUGAUUCUUUCACCAGCACUUUUUCUGACCAGGGCAGUGAUCCAGAUGAAGACUUCUGCAUCAUUGAUGAUCCUGGGAUGGGCAUCGCUCCCCGUGAUGGAAAGCCCAUGGUUCGCAUCUUUACCAAGGAGCCAGUAGUUAUCAUUGACAACUUCUUCACUCAGCCAGUUGGCAAAAUAGAUCAGCUGAAGGCUCCUAGCCACUACCCCAAACCAGAGGUUCGGUACACAUUGCGUGAACUCUCUCUAAUUUGGUACAUGUAUGGAGGCAGAGACUUCUCCCCUGACACCAAGAAAGACAAAAAUAAAACAGGUCGUCCAUCAUCGAGUGAAAGGGUCUUUUUGCCAGCAUUUGGAUCUCCUGCCCAUUCUCCGGACCGCAAGCCACGAGUUCCUCGUAGUUGGCAAGAACAAGGUGGUCCACUACGGGACCAUGACACUCUAAUGGAGUUAAGGCUUUCUAAGGCAAGAGUGCAGUAUGAUGUGUAUCCUGUGACUGCCAGUGAGGCAUCCCGUGCUGUGUUGAUCGUAAAUGAAGUUGAGAUUGUGGACCGUUUGAAGGUCUCCCCAAUCAACAAAUUUCUUUACCUGUAUACAUCAGAAAAGCAGCCACGGAAAUCAAGUGGCAACAUGGUUCUUGUUAAAGCUCUUUUUUCACGACCAGAUCCCAUGCUUCCAACACAAGAUUGCUCGCUGAAGAUCUCUCUCCUUCCUAUUCGCCUCAACAUUGACCAGGAGUCUCUCUUCUUUUUGCGGCGCUUCUUCAUGGAGCUGGCAGGUCAGCAAGCAUCAGAUCCGUACACACCCACUCCUGGGACGGAAGGCUUUUCAUCUAGUGUCUCCACCCCUUCCUCCAGUGCAGGCAGUGGCUCGCGGGAUCGUGGGCCUGUGCUGGGUGUUUUGGCAGCAAGACAGCAAGAGGAUGAGGAUGUAGUAGAAGGGCGAGUGCGCCCAGAACUGCUCAUUCAGCUGGAUGAAAUUUCACUGGAACGCAGCCAAGCUCUGAAGUAUGCUUUAGAGCAAGACACUGGUUCGGACACUUCAAGCAACAUUGAUGUUGGCAGCUUACCCAUAUUCUUCAAGUCAGUGGUGUUUUCACCAGCAGUCCCGAUCCGAUUAGACUACCAUGGAAAGUGUCUGGAGAUGGACAGAACCCUGGCUGGGCUACUCAUUGGGCUGGCUCAGCUCAAUAACUCGGAACUCUGUCUUAAAAGGCUCUCCUGCAGAACUGGACUUCUAGGGGUGGAGAAGGUGAUGGCUUACAUGCUCAGCGAAUGGCUAACUGACAUUCGUGCCAAUCAGCUCCCUAGCAUUUUAGGAGGCGUUGGACCCAUGUAUUCUUUUGUACAGCUCAUCCAGGGUAUCCGAGAUAUGUUUUGGCUGCCAGUUGAACAGUAUCGACGUGAUGGUCGAGUGUGGCGUGGGGUGCAGCGUGGGGCUUCAUCCAUAUCAGUGUCUACAGCACGGGCAGUCAUAGAGCUUACCAACAAGGCUGUGGGAGCACUGCAGCUCUUGUCAGAACUGGCAUAUGACAUGCUGUCACCAGGCCCAAGUGUCAGACAAACCAAACGGCAAAAACAUCGUCAACAACGCAGCCGUCACAGCCAGCCAACUGAUUUGCGCGAGGGUGUUAGCAAUGCUUAUAAUGUUAUUUGUGAGGGAAUCUCCGACACGGCACAAGAGUUGGUGCGAGCCGCCACAGAGGAGCAAGAGCAGAAGGGGAUGACAGGGGUGGUGGGAGGAGUUUUACGGCAGUUGCCUCCCACUGCUGUCAAGCCACUCAUUAUUGCAACCACUGCAACAUCGAACGUUCUUGGGGGUAUGCGCAACCAGCUCUGCCCCCAGGCAAGGAAAGAGGAUGAGGAGAAGUGGAAGGAUGACCAUUAGCAUCAUUAAGGGGGUGGUGCACAAACCUCCAUUUCAGUCUGUGUUUGCUCAUCAACAUCAGUUACAUUUUGCCAGCCUGAACUAUUCUGCAUGUGCUUGUUAUCAGGAGAUGAUCAAAACUUCACUUGACAUGUAAUCUGAUCAGACCAAAAUGUGCAUUACCUUUUUAAGUAGUGGUAUUUGUUUCAUUUAGGUGUCACUUAAGUUUUGGGCUGUCUUUGUGAACAAAGAGUUUUAAAUCUGUCUUGAUAAUUUACAGGGUGCUGUGGUCACAAGCUGUGAUACUGAAGCACAUUUAUAGGGAAACUGAUUGUUUAGAUGUUAAAUAAUGAAAAAAGAAACAGAAGUUAUUAAAACCCCAAAACCAUCAUGGAAUAUCAUGGUAAACAUCCUGAUGUAUCACAGACAUUGCCUUUUACAAUAUUUGAAAGUUGUUUUGCUGUCAAAAAUUCAUUUAAAUAAAAGUUGUAUCAUGACACAGAAUAACCAACAUAUACCAACUGUAUUGGAAGAAUUAAAUUUGGGUUGCAAGCUCCUUCACACUGACAAAACAGUGUACUUGGCCAGUUAUUAGGGGUUUUUUUUUUCAAAUAACUUUUAGUAGUCAUUUGAUGUCCUAAUACCUUAAACUGUCUUUUUAGAUUGCCCAUUGUUGUGAAUGUGCAAUGAAAUUGUUUUUUGUGGGCAGCUAAUGAUUUAGUUGUAUCUUGUUGUCUCCUUCUGGCAACCUAGCUUUCUAAUUAUUAGCAGGACCUGCACGCAAUCACAGAAAACAGGUGUGAGUGGCAGGUCUUGUCAUCUGCUACAUCUAUCCAUAUGCUCCCCACUUCCUGUGCCAGUGAAGGGAGGAAUAAAUGAAUGAGGGAGGGAAAUGUAAAUAGAAGUGGGGGGGGGGGUGCUGAUAAAUGCAUGCUUGUGUGCAUGGGGGUUGGUGGUUGGGAAGGGUAAAAGCUAGUGGAGAGGUGCAUACAUGCUCAUGAGAGAUUUUUUAGUGUGUUUGUCAUCACAAUGCUGAAAAAAUCAAAAUCCAAGGUAAAGUCUGAGGCUUCAAGUAGAGACAACCUAUUGAGGUCCACUAGUAACCUGUUUUUUUUUUUUACCCCACCCUUCUCGUGAUUGGCCUGUCCUACUGAUAUCCAUUUAUUGAUUACUUUUUGUCAUUACUGUCAUCUUUGUGUCUUUACUGUCUUUUGUACAUUCUCAUAAUUGUACCUUCAUGUACUACAGAUUAACCUACUUUUGUAUUAUGCACCGAGUGCAUGCUCCUCUGUGAGCACGAUUCUGUGCUAAGUUGCACAUUUCUAUUAAGAAGCACACUUUUAUUAAUACUGAUGUGUACUGAAAUGCAGACAUCACCAUGAGCAACAACAUAUGACUCGUACAGAAAAUCAUUAGUCAAUUCAUCACAUGAACAAAAGCAUCAUAACACUGUUUUAGUCCAUUGAAAUGAAAGGAUUUCCUGUGAUUGUCUUGAUUAAUUUUCAGGUGAAACAACAUGCUACCUUGUUAUUUUAUGCCAAGAUGAGUUUUUGUUCAGGCAUUCAUAGACGCAUAAAAACUGAUGUUGACUGUACAAAAUAGAUGGCCAGUGGCCCAGUGGAUAUUUUGAUGAACUGAGCUUCCCCUGCCCAGCCAUAUUCAGGAAUGUACAUGCAAAAAUAAAUAAAUAAAUAAAUAGGUCCCAUUCAGGGAAUAUUGAUGCAAUGGUCUGAUGACUGGCACAAGACUGCCUAAAAACAGGCAUUUGUUUUGUUCUUUUUUGUUAAAAGGCAGUGUAUCUGCACAAUGAGGAAAAAUUUUAAGAAUUAAAGAAUGAUACUGUUAGGGUAAAAUCUUGUUACAAGCUAUUUUGACAUUACAUAGCAUCAAAAUUGCCGUGAGCUCUUUCUGUUCUUGUCUUGGGUCAGGUAGUUGACAAUUUGCUCAUGCAUUCUGCUUUGUAUAUACCAUUAUCUGCAUUCAUUUUCCUUUGAAAAUAUGUUUCAUUAUGGCUGUGGUUUGCAACAGGUAUUUUCCACAUGUUGCAAGAUUUUGCUGUUGUGUUCAGGAGAGUAAGACUUUUUAAAGCUGUAAUCUGUGAUUUGGGGAAGAAUCUUGGACAAGACACACAGGAAACAAGUAAGGGUUAAGCAAGGAGAAAAGUACCAUGAUCACAAUAAUUCUCAAAAAUAUUCUGAAGGCAGUGUUAAUUGCAGAUGCCAAUGCAUGUAUAUAAUAAUGAAUAGUUUUUCAAAAAUAUUUGACCUCACAUAAAACCAAAACUUGCUGAAGUGUGAAAAAUGUUUUGUUUGGUGUGUUUUGCAAUCUUGUGGCCAUUUUAAAGACAGGUACAUUGUAAAUGAUGAGCACCCAUAGUUACUCAGAUGUGCCACCUUUCUUCCUUUUAUAAAGUCUUUCACUUUUCAUGAGUGUACAUAAUCUGAUAUUUACAUUUUGUUUGCAACAUGAAAAGUGGGGCACUUUAGUCAUGUAGCAAAUGUGACCUAAAGUUGUAUGGUGUUUGAAAAAGGCAGUUGAUUUUUUUUUAACUGAAUGAGGGCACAACUGGACCCUAUCAAUUGUGGGGCUUUACAGAUUAGUCACAAUUUCAUUUUUCCAAAAUAGAAUUUUUAAAAUGAUUAUAAAUGUUUGUUGUGUGAAAUUUAAAAAAAAAAGUUUUUGAAUGUUUGGGUUGUAAACAUUUUAGUCGGUGAGUUUCACUCAAGAAUUUUGCGGUGAAAAUGUGUAAGUGCCAUUUAUCUCAGUUUGAGGAGACUCUGAGCACUAGUAUGUUAUGCUGUUGAUGGCUUUCGCAAGUUCACUGCAUGAUGAUUGAAAGGGAACAGAUAAAUGUUUUUAUGGUUGAAUUUGUGGUGCAUAGAGUGAAGUAAACUGGUUUUAUGUUAGAUGGACAUUUUGAAGUGUUUGGAGGGGGCACAAAGAUUAAGAAGAAUGAAUGUGCUGAACAGUUUCUAGUCACUACUGUUGGGAUGAGCAGAAAAGUGUGGAAAUUAAGAAAGGCAUAAUUCUUGUAAAUAUUUUUAUAAGUUGGAACUUGAGUUGUGCAUUUGUAAAUAUUGUGGGCUGUGUUUCCUAUAGAAAUGUGAUAGCCUGAUGUUCUCAGAAUGUUCUUGCAUGUGUGCUGAUCUUUUGCUGAAUGUAAUUUCUUCUUGGUUUUAGACGCAGACAUUUUACUAUGAUGGUUUGCAGUUUUAGAGAAAGGUUUACUCAUUUUCCCUUGGCAGUUUCCCCGUAUUGUAGGAUAUUAAGUAUUAUAGUUUUGUUGGUAUUUGUUUCCAGCUAUUUGUGUAUUCACAUAGCAAACUGAUAAUGGGAAACUUUUUUUUAAAAAACAAGAACACAUGUUGCACAUCAAGACAGGCAUUAUGACUGCUUCAUGUAUUGAGACUGCUGUCAUGCACAACUGCUUUGUGUGCUCCAGUAGGUUCUGAUUGUUGGUCCAUUUUAUCAUACCUGUAGUGUGCAUUGUCAGGCUGACAGCAUGUCUUCCAUUCUGACCAAGUUUGUAAAUUAAUUUGGCUGGAUCAAUUAGAUAAUGAGCAAAGUCCAUGGGGCCAUGGUUGGAAGUGUUUUUGCAAAGUUGUGUUUUCAUUUUCUGUGCAAGGCUUCUACAGCUUCAAGUAUAUAAAAUUUUUACUGUGAGCAUGUCCAUAUGAAACAUGCAGUGUAUUGUUUGUGUGCUGUGGCCAGAUUUCUGCAAUAAAACUACACAUUUCUAACCUA